AUGACCUGGAAUUGUAGGGGAGUAGGAAGUAAGAAGUUUGAGAGAGGUCUUCGCUUCUUAAUUCAAGAAAGAAAUCCUGAUGUCAUUGGCCUUCUUGAAACAAGAGUAAACUUUGCUAGAGCUGGUGAAAUCUUUCAGAAACUUGGGUUCAAAACUUGGGUGGCAGUCCCAGGAAUGGGUUUCUCUGGAGGUAUUUGGGUGGCUUGGAGGGAUGAAGUAGGGUGUUUUGUGGAGAAGGAGAAUGCCCAGUAUGUUCAUUUAAGAUUCAGUGGUCAAGGGCAGAAAGAUUGGCUGGCUACCAUUGCUUAUGUUUGUCCCCGAGAUAAAGAGAAACAACAUUUCUGGGAUGAUAUGGCACAGUUUGCACAAAUUACUCAGGAACCAUGGGUUCUUCUAGGGGAUUUGAAUGACAUAAUGGCGGAAAAUGAGAAGAAGGGGGGAGCUCCUUGUAAUUCCCGAAGGUGUGAAUUAUUUGCAGAAAGAGUUAGCAACUGUAACCUAUUGGAUUUGGGCGCUUCGGGCAACAGAUUUACUUGGAAAGGGCCUCUUAUACCUGGUUAUGAGAGGGUGUAUGAGAGACUGGACAGGGGACUAUGUAAUCCUAGUUGGAGAUGUCUCUUUCAAAAUGCUGUUGUGAAAAAUCUUACUAGAUUAAGCUGCUCAGAUCAUAAUCCGCUACUUCUUUGUUCUAAUGAUAGCGGGUAUGGUUUUGGUCCAAGACCAUUUAGAUUUGAAGCAAUGUGGUUGAUGCAUUCGGAGUUUGAUGCCAUGUUGAAAGGUUGCUGGAAAGGGGAAGGGGGUUUGAAGAAUAGAUUGAUGAAUCUUCAACCUAAUUUGCUACAAUGGAAUAAGGAGGUGUUUCAACAUAUUCAGAAUAGAAAGAGGAAGUUAUUGGCGAGAAUAGAUGGGAUUCAAAGGAAGAUCAGUAAUUUUAAUAGACCAAGUUGGGCUCUUAUUAAUCUUGAGGCUGACUUACAAAAAGAGCUCGAAGAGGUUCUUCAUCAGGAAGAAGUCCUUUGGUACCAGAAAUCUAGAGGGCAAUGGGUGAAUGAUGGAGAUAGGAAUACAAAGUUUUAUCAUAUUCGAACAGUGUCUAGGCGAAGGAGGAACAAAAUAGUGAUGCUGCGUGAUGUAAAUGGAGAUUGGGUGGAAGAUCAAGUGGCCCUGAGACAAAUGGCAAAAGAUUUCUAUGUUGAUCUUUACUCUGAGUUCCAUGAAGAGACGGUGCAGGAGAAAAGUUUGUUUGACAAUUGCACUGUUUCUUUUCCCUCCUUACAGACAGAAGAGUUGUGUAGUAUGAACAGAGAAAUUACUAAGGAGGAAAUAAAAGAUGCUAUCUUUUCUAUAGGAGCUUUUAAAGCACCUGGGGAAGAUGGAUUUCCGGCAGUCUUUUUUCAAAGAAAGUGGCACAUAGUAGGAGAGGAUGUGGUUAAAUAUGUCUUUCACCUGUGGCAGGACUUAGAAGACUUGAAAGAGAUAAAUAACACGUUAUUAGUGUUAAUCCCUAAAGUGGAUAGACCUGAUUCUUUGAAACAGAUGAGACCAUUGGAUUAUGUAAUGUGA